GUGCCAAAGAGGUACAGUCUUGAGUUACUCUGGCAGUGUGUUAUGACCAGGCAAAGUGACACAGAAAUUCAAUCCUUGUACAAGACCUAGUUUUCACAAAGGCAGCAAACCUAUGACUGUCUUUUGCCACUUCAAAUUGCCGGUGGAAGAUUCAGAUGAUUGAAUACAACUUCAUGUGGAACAAUUCAGUGCAUACAGAGAACAAAUGUGUCAGAGAGAAAAUUAGGCAAGAACCCAUACCCUCAGCAUCCAGUUUUUUAGAUGAAGAGGAAUAGUUGACUGGGAAAGAGGAUUCAGUCACGUGAACUCCCAAGUUCAAAGUAGUACAAUACAGUCACCUUUAUCACCUCAGUGAGAACUACGCCAGAAUAACCCAUGAGACUUAACCUAACAAACACAAACUGCAAAAGCAUCCUACCAGAAAGGAUUUGUUAGGUGGUCAUGGGCAACGAAGUUCAUCCUUGCCUCUUUCAUGCCAUCCAAAUCUAAGAAUCCUGAGAUGAACAAUGUGAUCAACUUAGAUUAUGUGUCUUAUCCUUGGACUGUACCAUUUCAGCCUACAGGUGGGGACAUGGAAAGUCUGGGUGCUUUUUUCACAUAAAAAGCUCUCCAAGAUAAAAAAAUAUAUAGCUGGGCACAAACUGCCUCUGAAGGUCUAAAGCUCCAUUUAGAUGGCACAACACAAUUUCCAUUGAUGGUCCUGUCCUCUAUGACAGGAGCAGCAGCAUUCUUGUAGCAGUUCAGAUAGGGUUGCCAUGGCGACCACACAGGCCUUGUUUUUCAUCUGCAACUAGGCAACCCAGUAGCCAGUGUGAAUUUUACAGAGAGGCAGGGCUACAGACAUCUCUCUUCUCAUAAGUAUGAGUACAACUCUUUUCAUAAUUGCUGCUGAUCCUGUCACUGAUCUCCCAGGGAGUUUGGAACAGAAUGACUGGUGUGAUGAACACAAUACAAUUCAUAAGCGCUUAGAUACUAUCCAAGAGCAGGUGGAAAAGACUGUUGAUCUUCUUGACUCUGAAGUCAAGUCCCUGCUGAACACCAUAAGUGAAACUGCAUGGAAUGUUCCUCUUGCUCCUGGAACUCCCUUGAUGGAUAUCUUUGAAGAUACCAGUUGAGCUUCAAGACGACGGACCAAAGGAACAGACUGUAAUAUCUAUAUACCUGUAUCUCCCACCUACAUAAUUAACCCAUAUUGCACUCUUUCAUAAGCUUCCAGACCAGACAGAUGUCUUCAGACUUGGGAUGGGGAGCAUUCCAUCACAAGUUCCUCUGUGUUAUGAUCUAACCAUACUGACGCAUAAUACCAAAAGAGAAGUUUUCUUCCCACCUAUCCUGAAGAUUUAGAGACUCCUAAAAUUGUUGUAAAAGAAUCCUCACUGCAAGGACCACUGUGGAGAUGUUAAAUGUCCCGGAAGGUCCAGCCGUCUGGCGGUAAAGAAAAAGGAGCAGAAAUUAGAAGAGGUACUGUUGGAAGUUUUCACGGGGUACCUGGCAGUCUCCAAAAUGGGGUUGGCAUCUCUGGUCACAAAGAAAUUGUUGUUUUAAUUGAUUGCUCAAAUUUUAGGACGGUUAACCUGUUAACUAGCUAACCUGUAGCACUGGUACUACAAGGGAAAAUAAGCAACAGGUGCUUAUGGCGCUACUGGAGAGUAGGGGCAGGAAAGCAUGUGAGCCUGGCUGCAGCACAGUCAAAUAUACAGCCUUGUUCACAAGCUUCCUAGAGGCAUCUAAUGCUGAUCAUUGCUGGAAGCACCAUGGUGGGAGUUUUGGUCUAGUCCAGCAAGACUUCCAAUCUGGCAGUACUCCCCAGCUGAAAAACCUUGUGAAAGCGCAUUGAGUGCCUAUCUACUGAGGGGCAUUCUCCUAACUUCUGGACUUGUGGCACACUUGCCAAAAACUGGUUCCAAACUUCUUGAAAUAUCCAGGUUUGUCCAGUGUUGGAAACAGGAUGCAGAGCUCAGUGGCCCAGGAAAGGGUUUGUUUGUCCUCGUGUCUUUGCCCAAGCCUUUCUUAUGAAGGGACAGGUCACCAAGGAGCCACAGUGAGCAGCCUAAGUGGAAUGAUUUCAUGUUUUAUGUAGAAGCUAGAACCCCUCUGCAUAUGCCUCUGAAACAUUUGCUCAAGAAACUGCCUGAUGGUGCUUAAGCUCACUAGUCUGAUUUGCCUGAGACACAACUCAUUCCCCAAGGGGAGCCAUCCAUGGUUGAAGCUGAAUAUCCCAAAGAAAUGAUGCUGUCAACAUGGCAGAAAUAAGAACACUGAUGCAGGAGGCUUGGGUACUAAUUUGGUUUAUUUGUACAAAUCAUCUUUUAAAAAAUUAUAUAUUUGAUUUUAAGGUAGAAUUCUACAAAAACACGCAAAGAGAAAAAGCUUUGGCAUACACUCAGAUUGAAAGACAACUUUGGCUGGAUCAUGCUAGCGGCAAGUCCAUCUAAGAAUCAGGGAACUGAAUGGGGAAAGUGAAACAUGUGCUGAACGCUUAAAUCAAUGGGGGUUUCCUUUGUGCCUAUUUUUGUAAAAGAGGAGCAUUUUAUGUGGAAUCUCCAUUGACUUCUGUGUUCCUGUAUUCUAAUAAAAUGUUUGGAGCUUGUAAAGCAGCCUUUUCUAACAA